CCCUGGCUGGACCUCUGCUCCCUGGGGAAUGGCUAUAGUUAGCUGCGGCCCAGCAGCCACAGAUGGUAUUUUCAUCUCGGGCUCAGCGAAGUCUGUUCCAGCAGGUGUGAGAUUGGGUUGGAGGGGCUUCCUGGCCGGUCCGAGCCUCCCCACCGUCUGCACAGAGGACGUAACCCCACCACAGCUGCACCGUCACUCAGGUCCCCACUGAAGCUCCACAGCCACGGAUCCCCAGGGCGACUGGAGACCUGGUGUCGCCCUCCUGGGGACAUGCAGGGAGGAGCUGGGCUGCAGGGGUGUGUGCUGUCUCCCCCCACCCCCCCCCCUGUACCGCCUCAGCCUGUCCAGUGGGCAUUCUGGGUCUUUCCUUUUGCCUGUGACCUGUGAGCCUCAGUUUCCACUUUUGUCAAGUGUGACUAGAUCCUUUGACUCCUGGAGACCUCACAGACCCUAUCUCCCAAGCCGUGGGGCCCCGCUGGCGGGGUGGGGACAGCUGGAGCAGCCCAGCGGGAGGCUUUUGCAGGCCGGUGUUUGUGGGGGAGACGCAGCCUGGCUGUUGGAACGGUCCAGAUGCAGGGCCUGGGGAAUGUCAGCGCAUGGGGUCAUGCGGGGGACCUGGGGGCUGGAGCUGGGCUGCAGCGCGGCGCCCGAGCCCCGUGCCUUGCGUGGAGCCUCGGUUUCCCCUACCUGGCAAGGGUUUGUCGUCGCUGGCCCGAUCUCGGUAGCGUCCUCACUGAGAGCGGAUCGGAAUCACCGUGGGCUGCCCCCACCUCAGGGACUCCUCUCCCUGUGGGGGACAUCCAUCCUUCCCCGACUCCCACAUGCCUUUUUGUUUGGUUAGUUUUGGUUUUUUGAGACAGGGUUUUUCUCUAUAGUUUUGGAGCCUCUCUGGAUCUCGCUCUGUAGACCAGGCUGGCCUCGAACUCACAGAGAUCCGCCUGGCUCUGCCUCCCGAGUGCUGGGACUAAAGGCGUGCGCCACCACCGCCCAGCCCACAUGCCUCUUCUUGAGGGCACUUUGAAGUCGGGGUGUCCUUGGAUUCCGCAGGUGCCCCAGAGAUGGAAUGGCAGGUGUGACCGAGGCAGUUCUCAGCCCAGACACCGGCACCAACCCUUAACCAGGGCUCGGGGCAAACAUCUAUCUUUCCAGCACUUGGGAGGCUGAAGCAGGAGGAUUACCAUGAGUUUGCAGUCAGCCUGGGCUACCUGAGGCCGUCUUAAAAGUAAAUCAGCAAAUAAAUAUAUAAUUAGAAAUAGAGUUAGAGAACAGAGCGGUAGGUGUGCGGUGCCUCAGUUUCCCCCAGGCGCCAGGGCGGGAGAAGCCUAGCGAUGGGCGGAGCCUGGCCCUCCUCUCCGACCUCGGCUCCGCCCCGGGGCGUCUAAAAGGCCCCGAUUCGCGAUCCGGCCUCAGCCCAGCCAUGCAGGGCCCCGCGGCGCCCGGCUCCCCUCGGGGGUCCCCGCGCGGCUCCCCCGCGCUCUUCAGGAAGCGGCUGGUGAACAGCCUCCGCCUGCAGCGCCGCUUCACCGUGGCCCAUCCGCUUUGCUUUGACCUGGAGAAUGGGUUCGCCGGCGGCAGGGGCCCCCUGGACCCGCAGUCCGGCCGCGCCCUGCAUCCCCCGGGCCCGCACGGCCAGCGGCGCGAGUCCUUCCUGUACCGCUCGCACAGCGACCACGAGCCGUCGCCCGUGUCCCGGACCUCCUCGGUGGCCAGCGAACUACAUGGAGAAGACCUGAUCGUCACGCCCUUCGCCCAGGUCCUGGCCAGCCUCAGGGCCGUCCGCGGCAGCGUGGCCGCCCUCGCCCACGGCAGCGCCCAGCCGGCCCGCCCGCACAGGUACGCGCCCCUGCCCGCCCCCCGCCGGCCCCCCCCUGACCCGCCCCCCUGCAGAGGUCACGGGGCGCAGCAGCUGGCGCAGGAGACACUGGAGGAGCUGGAGACUCUGCACGCUCGGCGCUCGGCGGGCGAGAUGGCGUCCAACAAGUUCAAGCGCAUGCUCAACCGCGAGCUGACCCAUCUGUCGGAAACGGGCCGCUCGGGGAACCAGGUGUCCGAGGACAUCGCGCAGACCUUCCUGGACCAGCCGGCCGAGGUGGAGCUGCCCCCGCCGCCCACGGAGGAGCACCCCGCGUCCCGGGCCAGCGCCGCCCCCGCCAGCCUGCCCGCCGGCGCCGUGCCCCGCUUCGGGGUCCACACAGACCAGGAGGGGCAGCUGGCCAAGGACAAGUGGGGCCUGGACGUGUUCCGAGUGGCCGCGCUGAGCGGGAGCCGGCCGCUCACAGCCGUGGUCUUCAGCGUCCUCCAGGAGCGCGCCCUGCUCCAGACGUUCCGGAUCCCCGCGGACGCGCUGCGGGCGUACCUGCUGACGCUGGAGGGUCACUACCGCGCCGACGUGGCGUACCACAACAGUGUGCACGCCGCGGACGUGGUGCAGUCUGCGCAUGUGCUGCUGGGCGCCCCCGCCCUGCAGGCCGUGUUCACAGACCUGGAAGUCUUGGCCGCUGUCUUUGCGUGCGCUAUCCACGACGUGGACCACCCGGGGGUCUCCAAUCAGUUUCUCAUCAACACCCACUCGGAGCUGGCGCUGAUGUACAAUGACCUGUCGGUGUUGGAGAACCAUCACCUCGCGGUGGGCUUCAAGCUCCUGCAGGCAGAAAACUGCGACUUCCUCCGGAACCUCAGCGCCAAGCAGAGACUGAGUCUGCGCAGGAUGGUCAUCGACAUGGUGCUGGCCACAGACAUGUCUAAACACAUGAGCCUCCUGGCCGAUCUCAAGACCAUGGUGGAGACGAAGAGGGUGACCAGCCUCGGGGUCCUGCUGCUCGACAAUUACUCUGACCGCAUCCAGGUCCUACAGAGCCUGGUGCACUGCGCUGACCUCAGCAACCCCACCAAGCCGCUGCCGCUCUACACCCGCCAGUGGACCGACCGCGUCAUGGCCGAGUUCUUCCAGCAGGGUGACCGCGAGCGGGCGCUGGGCCUGGAUAUCAGCCCCAUGUGUGACAAGCACACGGCCUCGGUGGAGAAAUCCCAGGUGGGAUUCAUUGACUACAUCGCCCACCCACUGUGGGAAACGUGGGCCGACCUGGUGCACCCCGACGCUCAGGAGCUGCUGGAUACCUUGGAAGACAACCGGGAGUGGUAUCGGAGCAGAAUACCCUGCAGCCCCACCCACACCGCGGCCCGCGAGCGCCCAGGCCCUGGCAGCUUCCAGUUCGACCUAACCCUGGAGGAGGCAGAGGAGAAGGAGGAGGACGGACAAUGAAGGACAGGCUGGGCACUGGACAUCCGGUCCUCAGAGUCACCCGGCGCCUGUCCGCCAGCACCAGCCCAGAGUGCAAGGGCUGCCUUACCCAACGACAAGAUUUUGGGCCAGCCUCGCAUGGACCGUGAAGUCACCGUCAGGCUCUGGGCACCUGGGCGCUGGUGACGCCUGGAGAUUCCCGUGGUACCAGCUUCCCUUCCCACCCGUCAAGGUGGGCAGCCGAGGUUUACGCGUAGACAAGGCUUGGGAGCCUUGGAAGCCUGCGGCCGGGGUCCGCUCUGACCACAGCUUGGCUGGAAAGGCGGCUCCGCUCCUGCCCGCUCCCGGGCUGGGGCUCUCCGCCUUUCCUUCGUUCGUUCGGAUUCUUUUCGAUGGAAGAUGGAAGCCCGGUUCCCACGCCCUGUGAGCAGAGAUGUCCUGCCUUCAACCGUCCAGCCACAGACCUUUGCUGAGUCCCCAGGGAGAAUCCCUUUUGUAAAUAGAGGCAGGGACCCCCCCCCAGGUCUAGUGUCUCCUGACACCAGAGGCUGCAGGUGACCCUCCUAGAAGGCCCCACACGCCUCUGUCUCCCUGCCACCUGCUCACACGUUCACUAAACACGGCUGGCGGGACCCAUGCAGAGUCUCCCUGUAGUAACCUGGAGAUGCAGUGCCAGUCAGUCCUGCAGUACGGCUUCAUGGAUGAGAUCAAACCAGUGUGUCGGGCCUCAGCAAACUCAGCUGUGGGCCCCCAGACUCAGGAGGAGGAGGGGGUGAGGGGCUAUGCAGGCACCAGAGAGGCUGGGGCGUGGCUCAGGGGUGGAGCCCCCGCCUAGAAUCCCCCAGUGAGGGGCUGGGGGUGUGGCUCAGGGGUGGAGCCCCGCCUAGAAUCCCCAGUGAGGGGGCUGGGGGCGUGGCUCAGGGGUGGAGCCCCCGCCUAGAAUCCCCCAGUGAGGGGCUGGGGGCGUGGCUCAGGGGUGGAGCCCUUGUCUAGAAUCCCCAGUGAGGGGCUGGGGGCGUGGCUCAGGGUGGAGCCCCGCCUAGAAUCCCCAGUGAGGGGCUGGGGGCGUGGUCAGGGUGGAGCCCCGCCUAGAAUCCCCAGUGAGGGGCUGGGGGCGUGGCUCAGGGGUGGAGCCCUGCCUAGAAUCCCCAGUGAGGGGCUGGGGGCGUGGCUCAGGGGUGGAGCUCCGCCUAGAAUCCCCCAGUGAGGGGCUGGGGGCGUGGCUCAGGGGUGGAGCCCCGCCUAGAAUCCCCAGUGAGGGGCUGGGGGCGUGGUCAGGGUGGAGCCCCGCCUAGAAUCCCCCAGUGAGGGGCUGGGGGCGUGGCUCAGGGGUGGAGCCCCGCCUAGAAUCCCCAGUGAGGGGCUGGGGGCGUGGCUCAGGGUGGAGCCCUGCCUAGAAUCCCCCAGUGAAGGGCUGGGGGCGUGGUCAGGGUGGAGCCCCGCCUAGAAUCCCCAGUGAGGGGCUGGGGGCGUGGCUCAGGGUGGAGCCCUGCCUAGAAUCCCCCAGUGAAGGGCUGGGGGCGUGGUCAGGGUGGAGCCCCGCCUAGAAUCCCCAGUGAGGGGCUGGGGGCGUGGUCAGGGUGGAGCCCCGCCUAGGAUCCUCAGUGAGGGGCUGGGGGCGUGGCUCAGGGGUGGAGCCCUGCCUAGAAUCCCCCAGUGAGAGGCUGGGGGCGUGGCUCAGGGGUGGAGCCCCGCCUAGAAUCCCCAGUGAGGGGCUGGGGGCGUGGCUCAGGGGUGGAGCCCCGCCUAGAAUCCCCAGUGAGGGGCUGGGGGCGUGGCUCAGGGGUGGAGCCCCGCCUAGAAUCCCCAGUGUGGGGCUGGGGGGCGUGGCUCAGGGGUGGAGCUUUAGCAUGUGGGAAGUCCUUAAUUCCUUUUCCAGCACUGCAAAAAUAGAAUAGACCUUGUCAGGCCCAUCAUUCACUUGUGGGGAAACUGUGGCACAAGCCGUCCCUCGUGCCUUCUGAAAACUUCCACGCAGACAGUGGGCCCUGGGUUCUGGUGACCUCUGAUACCAGAUGACUGAUCCCCUGUCCAUCAUUAUCUUCUGGCUUUUUGAGACAAGUUCUGUUGCCUGUCACUGUGCAGCAGAGGGUCACACAGGACUGAUUUCCUCGCCCCCACCUCCCAAGUGCUUGGCUGUGGUGACAGGCACGCGUCAUAAGGCCUUUCCCCUCCCCUUUCCUGUUCCCUCUGGGUCUGUAACUCAGCAGAGCAGCGCAGGGUGGCAGGCGACUUCCUCUUUAAAUAUUAUGGUUCCAGAUAUUUGUUCCCGGGAGGCACAAAAGCCGUCUGGGGUCACGCAUGGAAUGUUCCUUCUUCCUUCCAGAUGUUUUAGGGACAACCUUAGAGAUUUCCUGUUAAAAAAAGUAAUAUGUGCUCACUGCGGGAGAAUUUGGAAGUCACACAAAAGUAUAAAGAAAAUAAACUACUGGGCCAGCAAGAUGGCUCAGCAAGCCAA